UCUACCGUGUCUAUGUUGAUCUAUCGUACUCAAAUUCAAAUAAACCGAGAUGGACGAUCAUAGGAUAACUCCAGAGUUAAAAUGGCUGUAAAAAAUAGUAAUGUGACACGAUAAAUAUUAUUUAAUUUCAUAUUUUUCAGUCAGGGACGAUUAUCGCUCCGAGAAUGAGUUGCUUUAAAGAGCAAAACCACAGUACGAGUCGGUUGGAGAGCACAGGUGAAUCUUCGGACUGCUACAGCCUCCAUGCAGGCCGGGCCUACGAACCCAGCAUCGAUGGCCCGGGCGACCCCUCCGAUUUAAUCGAUCCCGUUGUGCUGCCUCAUCUUGUCGGCGGAGGUGAUGGAGGGUGGCCUGGCCAAAGCAGGGUGGGGGAACACCCGUGCACCAACUACAUAUUCUACUGCUCUCUACCACCCCACCAUGACCCCGAGGGGUCUCUCCCACAGCGACUUACCCAUCCAGUGUUUCAUUCACUGGGAACCCAGUCUGGACCGUAUCCUUUACUCAACCCCAUGACCGGUCUGGCUAGCAGCGCUCACCCCAACUGCUCCCGUUCGGGCUCCUGGGAAACGGAAGGGGCAGUGCUUUGCGAUAUGACCUCAGGCGAGUUAUAUGAUGCCGUGGCCAGUAUUUGUCCGGAUAGUUUGGGUGACCAUGCCCGAGAGAUCGUCCCCCAACCAGACAAGAUGGCAGACGUCAUCUCUCAAAACCACAUGGACAUCGGCCAGUCUGUGGUGUGUAGUAUGAAUGGAGGAGGACAGGUGGUGCUGCUGAACAACUGUAGCCCAGGUCAGAUGUUCCACUCCUUGGCACCAGCAGCAGGUCACCAGCCCAGCCCUGAGCCCCUCUAUGAAAGCCCAACCUCCAGACGACCCCUAGAUCACCGCCUCUCUCUGGACAUGGGGGUCCGAGUAAGCUCCGGCCAGCUGGGGGCUGCCGUGGUGGGGCAGGCCCCCGCCCCAGGGGCGCCUUCCUAUCUGGGCCUCCAGCCCUCGCCUGUGGGCACACACACACCACUGCCCCACGGGCAGAUCAGCCCGGCCUACGGCUAUGGCCACCUGCCUGGUCACAAUUACUCACAGUACCACCAGGCCGUGUGCCACCAGGCCUUGUGCCCUCUGUACUCGGAUGUCCAGCCUCUGGCCCCUGACUCCCAGCGUGUUGCUCCAGACCCACCAAAGCUUGAAUUAGCGUGGGAUUCCAAAUCAAAGAAGCCUUGUAACUGUACCAAGUCUCAGUGUCUGAAACUAUACUGUGACUGCUUUGCCAAUGGUGAUGUGUGCAGCAACUGUAACUGUGUCAACUGUUUCAACAAUGAAGAUCAUGAGUCUGAGAGAUACAAGGCCAUCAAGAUCUGCCUGGACAGGAACCCAGAGGCGUUCAGGCCCAAGAUUGGCCAGGGUAAAUCAGGAGAGGUCAAAGGUCGUCACAACAAAGGCUGCAACUGUAAACGAUCAGGCUGUUUGAAGAACUACUGCGAGUGCUAUGAGGCCAAGAUCAUGUGCUCUUCGACCUGUAAGUGUGUGGGCUGCAGGAACUACGAGGACAGCCCAGCGAGACGGACUGUCGUCUGGGAUAGUCCUGACACCACCUUCUACAAGAAGGCCAACUGCCAGAAAAACAAGUGUCCUCUGUCGUGCAUCACGCUCGAUGUUGUGGAAGCCACAUGCGGCUGUUUGUUGGCCCAGGCUGAGGAGGCAGAGAAGGAGUUGUACUCUCUGACUCAAGCUGAGAGAAUCAUCCUGGAAGAGUUUGGCCAGUGUUUGACGCAAAUAGUCCGCUCAAUAUUUAAAUCCACCAGCUUGUAGGAGAAAACUGGAUCAAAGACCACAUGUGUGGCUGUCAUAACUAAUUCCUAAAUGUUGCUUAUGCUUUAGAUGUCCUCUGUUUUGAAUGCUUGUCCUUUUUAAUUAUUUUAAAGCAUUUGUAGAUGGCAAAAAGAUUUCUCAUAGAGUUUAUUUUGUUUUUACACUCGCAUUUUUGUUAUUUAUUUAUGAUUUAUCUAUUUAUACAUUUUAACAUAUUCAU